AUGAGUGGCUGGGGCAUGGACCAAAGAAGUGCUAACCAGCAGAAUAUCCAGUUCAACCAUCUCUCACAAAAAGACCUGCCGACUUUCUUACAGGCACUUGGAAUCGGCUUUUCAAAGAAUACCGUAACGGAAGAUUACCAACUGACGAGGGAAAAACUCGGCACUGGAAUUAAUGGAUCUGUCGUCAAAGUGAUUCAUCGUCAGACCGGAGCCGAGGGCGCACUGAAAAUCAUCAUAAAAGAAAGCAGAAAUUCAGAACUCGAAGUCAAACUUCAUGCUUAUGCUUCUCAAUGCGAAAAUGUUGUGCGUAUUUUGGACGUGUAUGAAAAUAUCUACCGGCAACGACCGUGCUACUUGUUGAUAAUGGAGUGCAUGCCAGGAGGAGAGCUUUUCGAUAGAAUUCAGAAUACAACGCAAACGAAGAUAACAGAAAGGGAUGCGGCCGAUAUUAUGAGACAAAUCGGCAAUGCAGUCAUGUUUUUGCACCGCCGGAACAUCGCUCAUAGAGAUCUGAAGCCAGAAAACUUGCUCUAUUCCGAACGCAACUUCCAGUCAUUACUGAAGCUAACUGACUUUGGUUUUGCGAAAGAAGUGACUCAAAAGGGUCUUGAAACACCGUGCUUCACUCCCUAUUAUGCUGCGCCAGAGGUUCUGAACGAAAAGCAAAGAUACGACAUGUCCUGUGAUGUUUGGUCGAUGGGCGUAAUUAUGUACGUCUUGCUUUGUGGAUACCCGCCGUUUUAUUCUGACCACGGUUUCUCCAUUUCUCCGGGGAUGAAAAAGAGGAUUAGACAAGGUGAAUACACUUUUCCCGACAAAGAAUGGAAGAACAUUUCACUAACGGCCAAAGAUCUCAUCAAGCGAAUGCUGACUGUAGAUGUCAACAAGCGAAUCGACAUUUACGAGUUUAUGAACUCUCCUUGGGUGGCAAAUGUUCGCGAAGUUCCUUCCACCCCGCUAUUUACUUCGGCAAAUAUGAUGGAAGACCCGGAUUGCUACCGAGAAACGCAGCGGGAAAUGGAAAGCGCGUUGCAAACAAUGCGAGUCGACAACAAAGUGAAAAUCCGCGAUGUGAAGCAUUCAAAGAACCGUCUGAUCGAGCGCCGCAAGCAGAAGAAAAUGGAAGCUGGAGCGGCUCCUCAGCAAAAAGUAACAGCCUGCCCGAACUUUACAAUCGCCUGGGAAGACUCGAUAACACCAAAGUUCAACUUGAGGAAGGGUCACUUCCUGACCGCAGCAUUCUCUUAUGGACCGAACAAUCAGCUCCGCGGUUUUCGUGAAACUGUAAUGCUCGCAAUUAUUACGAAUAGAACGUUAAUUGUUCCUCCUUUUUACAAACACGGGCGUAAUGAUAAGUUGGCGGUAGAGGAGCCAAUUGCUCAGCCAAGCUUGCGGGUCGACAUCAAAUCUCUUCGAGAGCUCAUCCCUGUCGUCGACGGACAUAAAGUUGCCAACACCUGCGAUUAUGCUUUCGAUGCUCUCUUCAUGGCAGGCAAAAAUUACUGCAAAGAUGGAAAGUUGAAGAGCAUCGCUGACUUCACUGGAUUUUUCAAAUUUGGACCGAUGCAGCUUGCUAAGAAUACUGGAAAACAUGAUUGUUCAGUUAGAGUUCCUACUUAUCCCACAGGCGUCGACUCGAUGAAGAAGCCUUUGAGAUAUUCUCAGAACCAUACGAUGAUCGCGGAGCUCUAUGACUCAAAAGAAAAGUGUCCACUUUGGUUAUUCCCUUACAGAACUAUUGACUUCGACAGGCUGAGCAUACCCAACCCUCCACGCGAGUCUGACAACUUCAAGUUCCUUCAAAAAAUUGUCUCGGCGACACAACGCCCAGAGUUCAUUAGAAACGUUGCCGCGAAAUUUCUUCAGAGAUCAGAUCUUGGGUCAGAAUAUAUGGCGAUUCAUUGGCGAUAUUCUCAUGGAGACUGGUUCAAUCACUGCGAAAGGGGAUCGCGGAAGAGAAGAGGUGAUGACAUUGAAGAGGAUGGCGCAUGUACGAUGGCAAGAGUUUUGAUGGAUGAACCGGAGAAAGUCGCGGAUUACCUUGCAGAAUAUGUUCGAAUGUCUUACGGAAGAGUGAAGUCGAUAUAUUUUGCUUGUCCGCCGACAGAAAUGGAGUUUAUUCUCAAGAUUAGGAAGAUUCUCCGAAAAGAUGGGGUGAAAGUCUAUACUGCGCGAGAGAUGAUUGGGUUUCUCGACAAGAAUUUCGUCCACUGCGAUGAGUUUGCGAUGAACAAAUACGAGCUAUUAAGUCUGAUCGAGCAAGAGAUCUGUUCUCGUUCUUCUACCUUUCUACGCGCUUCUGGGAGCAGCUGGAGUCUUAAUGUUCACUACGAGCGAAUUCUAUCUGAAGAUGGCUUAGAAUACAAAAAGACCGACAUGCGAAAUAUGGACUUUUUUAGUGGAACAUGGCUCGGUAUUAAUCUUUGCUACGGAAUAGCCGUUGCAUUGGCCGUUUAUGUUUGCGGAAAAGUGAGUGGUGGUCACGUAAACCCCGCAGUUACGAUUGUUGAAGCAAUUGAAGGACGCUUAGCAAUCAAGGAAGCUUGCUUCUAUGUUAUCGGCCAGGUUAUUGGAGGUUUUGUUUCUGGAGGCGCUGUAUACAUGUUAUACGCUGACAUGGAGAAGACAGCUGAGACAUCGGGCAUUUUUGCGACUUAUCCGAGAAACGACGUGUCGAUGGCGCAGGGUUUCGCCAACGAAGUUAUUGGAGCCUUAUUUCUUCUUCUUUUUGUAAGAUCCGUUACCGACAAGAACAACAAUGGCGCUCCAGCUGGAUUAGAGCCAUUCUUCAUCGGCGGAAUCGUCUUUGCCAUCGGUGCUGCAUUGGGUGUCAACACUGGAUACGCUCUCAACCCUGCUCGAGACUUGGGACCUCGAUUGUUCACUUUUGUUGCUGGCUGGCCUACAGUGUUUACGAGAGGAAAUAACCUUUAUGAAUGCCACUUUUGGAUCCCUAUCGUUGGCCCGAUUGUUGGUGCCGUUCUUGGAUCAAAGGAAUUGUCUACAAACAAUCAAAAGUUAUACUCCGUUUCUAUCGGGACUGAGCUUGAGCGACAGCAGAUUUCAGCAACCGAAGGAACCUACCGGAAAGUAUCUGACUCUAGACGAGAUGAGGAAGCCAAAAUCAACGAAGAAAGUGAUAUUUAA